AUGUCCAUCGAAGGACGCAUAACAAGCUGGGCGGACGCCUUGGAAGAAGGCAGAAAAGACUACCAAGAGCGCAGAGACCAUUUUCUCAAGUUUAUUCGGCAUCCCAAAGCCCUCACCGAGCUCACCGUCGACCCGCUUGCCGAUGAUCCUGAUUCACCUUGGAACACAGUAAGACAGGAUGAGAUAACCCGGACAGAGAUUCAGCAAGAUGUCCAGCGGCUCCCUGACGAAGUCAAUUAUCAUGAAGACACCAUACAAGGCAUGAUUCUGGACAUAUUGUUCAUCUACUGCAAAGUCAACCCCGACAGAGGCGGAUAUCGCCAAGGCAUGCAUGAGCUUCUUGCACCAAUAGUGUAUGCCCUCGAACAAGAUUCAAUCGACACAAGGUCCGCUGGUAACGAUGCGUGUCUUGAUGAGAAAAUGUUGCACGUACUGGACUCUGCCUUUAUAGAGCACGACGCUUACAUCUUGUUUUCAAAGCUCAUGGAGCAGGCGCAGUCAUUCUAUGAGGUUACAAAUGGAAGCACGCCAUCAAAUCACGGUAGCCAACCAGUGAUUCUGCAAGAGCAGCAAUCUGCUAUUGUCGAGCGAAGCAGGUUCAUCCAUGAGAUUUGUCUGCAGAAAGUCGAUCCGGAACUCGCAGCUCAUCUCACAAAUAUAGAGGUCCUGCCCCAGAUCUUCCUGAUCCGAUGGAUACGACUCUUAUUCAGUCGCGAAUUCCCAUUCAACCAGCUUCUUGUGUUGUGGGAUACUAUGUUUGCAGUGGAUCCCUCACUCGAGCUGAUAGACCUGGUCUGUGUUGCCAUGCUGGUCCGUAUUCGUUGGCAGUUGCUGGAAGCCGAUUAUUCUGUCUGUCUACAACUUCUUCUAAAGUAUCCACCCCCAGAACCUCCUCAUGGGCCACACACAUUUGUCGACGACGCUGUGUAUCUACGAGACCAUUUAGACUUUACGGGUGGAUCCAGUCUCAUCAUGAAAUAUACCGGAAAGAUUCCCGAGAACCCAAAUGACAUCAAACCGACCCGGCCAAGUAGUGGUGCUGACCCUGAAGCCAACUCCGUUCGUCAACGGGGCGGCCGGCCACCUACAUCACCCUCUAGGCUUACCCAACAACCGCCCAGCAUGGAAACUUUCUUCCAGGGAGCCGCUAGAGGCGCCAACCGUGUCUUGGAAAGAAGUGAAAAACUGGGCAUCAAUCAAGCAGUCCGUGAUGCCAUGGGAGAAAUCAGACGCAACGUGCAAAGCUUUAAUGAAGCCCGGCAAGCACAAAGGUCUCCAAGACAUAUUCUCAGUGACGAAGGCGCUUCCAAGGCACUGGCAGCCAUGGAAAGACGCAACAAAGAGCUGGCUGGCCUGCUGAAUGAUACAGUUACGAACCUCAAGACGUUAUCCCUGUCGGGGUUUGAGGAUGAGGCUAAGAGCCUGGAACUCAUCGAGGUGGCGGCCGCCAAGAUCCAGUUUGUGCAGAUCUACCUGGAAGAUUCUACCCUGGAUGUUCCCGUCUUCUCAACACCGAAGAACAAACCGGCAUCGUCGCCAGAGGGAAAAGAAAAGGCAGUCGAGGAGGCCACAGAGACCAAGGCGACAACAGCGAACCGAACAUACGGGACGCCAGCGACUAGCUCUGACUCACCAACGCCGGACAUUUCAAAACUCGUAAUAAACGAAGAGAAGCGCAGCUCUAAGAAAGACGCCGCAGAUCCGGAAAAAAUGGAUGCAAGUCGGGACGACCAGCCCGGAGAAGCGUCGCCCUCCGACCCCCUCGGAAACAACACUGUCGAGGUCCGGCCCGCCCCCGUCCCAACCCGCUCGACGCUUGCCCAAUCAUCCUUCUCCUGGAUGCUAGAACCAGACGAAACAACACCCUCUCGCGCCCCGGCAGCAAGCAAGUCCCCGACCACGCAGCAUAGUAAGAGGCAUUCGAAUAAUCUGAGCCGAGAAAGGAAUGCGUUUCUGUUCGGCGAGAUAACUGCCGAUGCCACCGACGGGAGCGCGCCCUUGAAAACAGAUGACAUAUUUGGGAUGGAGCCCAUUGCGAAGCCCAAGGGCAAGACGCAAGGCUUGUUUCAUGACAAAUGA